AAUAGAUUGCAAUACAAUGAAGGUCCUAUUUGUUCUCGCUUUGGCAACUUUUGCCUAUGCUAACGCUGAGUCUAACACUCAAGCUCAUACAUUUGGGUACAUAAAGAAAUAUGCCAUCCCAUUGGCUGAAGAAAUUCGUAAGGUAGAGGAGCAGGCUCUAAGCCAAACCAGUGGCAGCAGAAUUGUUGGUGGCAGCCCUUCAGCCCUCGGCGCUUUCCCUUACCAGGCUGGUCUCCUUGCUUCCUAUUUUGGAAUAGAUGGUACUGGUGUUUGUGGAGGCUCCCUUGUCAGUGCCAAUAGAGUCCUUACCGCUGCUCACUGCUGGUACGAUGGUCAAGUCCAAGCAUUCAUGUUUACGGUCGUCCUUGGCUCCACAACCCUCUUUACUGGAGGAACUAGGAUCGCCACCAGCGCUGUAGUUAUGCAUCCCAACUGGAACCCAUUUAUCGCACGCAAUGAUGUCGCUGUGGUCUAUCUACCCACUAACGUUGCUACCUCAAACAUAAUCUCACCUGUCGCUCUGCCUUCUGGGUCUCAACUGAAUGAAGACUUUGUUGGAGAAACUGCAAUUGCCUCUGGUUUCGGCAAAAUUGGCGACAACAUCAACAUUACAGCCAGCCAAGUUUUGAGCCACGUUAGCUUAAGCAUCAUCACCAACUCUGUCUGCCGUUACGCCUUCCCUCUGGCCCUACACUCUUCAAACAUCUGCACCAGUGGUAUCGGUGGUCCUGGCACAUGCCAAGGAGACUCUGGUGGUCCUUUGGUGGUUAACAGGAACGGCCAGCCUCUUUUGGUUGGUAUCACCUCUUUUGGUUCUCCUCUUGGUUGCGAGUCCAGCAUGCCCGCUGCCUAUGCUCGUGUGACGUCGUUCAUGGACUUUUUCAAUCAACACCUUUAACACAUUUGUUAAUUAGUAAUUGACUUGUAAAUAACAUGUACAUAAAUUAUUUAUAAAAAAUGAAAAAUAAAAAUAU